AUGGCUACAAACGGGAAUAAGGACCUUCACAUCCUGAUCGUAGGAGCUGGAACAAGCGGAUUGCUCAUUGCACAGGGUUUGAAGAAGGCAAACAUAUCUUUCUCGAUCUUUGAAACCGAGACCUCGACGACAUACCAGACGCGCCCACGAGAAUGGGGCAUGACACUGCAUUGGGGGAGUUCCCACAUCGCUUCAUGCCUGCCAAUUGAACUCGCAAAUCGCAUCCACGAAGCCUUCGCCGACCCGACCCAGGACCAAGCCUCCGCCACAGGUUUAUCGGUGUUCAAUGGCGAGACGGGCGAGCGCAUAUUUGAAAUCGCAGCGGACAAGCCUUGUCGCGUUAGCCGUAGGAAGAUGCGUAACUUGUUCAGCGAGGGCUUAGAUGUACAAUACGGGAAGAAGUUCACCAGUGCUGUGGUCGGUGACGAUGACAAGGUGAGGGUGACAUUCGAAGACGGCAGCACAGCCACUGGCCAUGUGCUGGUAGGCUGCGAUGGCGCAAAGUCGCGAGUUCGCGAAGCCAUUGUCGGCACAGAAGCAGCAAAACUCACCAAUGCAUCUGUCAGCAUGUUCAACUUCCCCUACAAAUUCGAUGCCGACCUCGCCAAGCGCAUACGAAACAUGAAUCCCCUCUUCAUUACAAGCAUACACCCGAGUCAUGGCACCAUGUUCUGGCUAUCCAUACAAGACGUGCCUGACCCCUCCGACCCCGCAACAUGGACAUUCCAGGUCCUGCAAUCGUGGCUGGACUCUAGUGUGCCAGAUGAUGUGGAUCUGUCCACCCUCGAAGGUCGCAUGUCGCUCUUCAAGAGGCGCACAGAAGAAUAUGCGGAGCCUUGGAGAUCUGCUGGCCGAGCUGUUGACCCUGCUACCGUGCUUCCACUUGACAAAGGCACGUUCUGGGAGAAGGCUGCCAAAUGGGACAACAAGGGUGGGAAGAUGACACUUUGUGGUGAUGCUGCGCAUCCUAUGACGCCGCAUAGAGGGCAAGGCCUCAACAACGCGUUGCAAGAUGCUGCUAAUUUCGUCGCUGCUAUGCGUAAAGCGCAUGGCUCUCCUGAGAAGGGACAGGAUCUCAAACAAGCUGUUGAUGAGUAUGAUGCUGAAGUCCUGGAACGGGGUGUAUUAGAGAUGAACAUCUCGCUCAAACAGACACUGUUCAUUCACGAUUGGGAUACGUUGAUGCAGAGUCCAAUGGUGAAGAUGGGUUUGCGUCAGGCAGAGAAGGGCACUCAAAGCACAUCUUAG